AUGAGCGCCACGGAAAUGGUUCCAGCGACUCUUGCAGCACUCAAGUGCUGCCAAGUGGCAACAAAAUAUCUGCAAAUGGAACUCUCAAUCAUCUCGAUACUUUCCUCAGUAAGACAAAAUUCCGCUCGAACUAAACAAAGUCCCAGUGACCACUAUGUGAAACGGUACUUAUCAACUGCCAACAUGAGACUUCUGAUAUCAGACAAGGACAAGAAGUUCAUUCUAUGCAGGGAGGAAGACUUUUUACGCAGGGCCACAAACUUUCUCAACCAGCUGCAAGCUGUCAUCUUACCGGAAGACCCAACACCAUCUGUGUUAAGAAAAAGAAAGAAAAUAAUUACUCUCCCAGGAGUUACUUCUGUUCUUUCGGGAUGCCUGGAUCCCCCAUCUAACAUCACUUGCCCCAGACUUUUCUUUGAGGCAAAAACGCACAAAAAGAGCUGGCCGUUAAGGCCUUUAGUCAAUAAGCGGUCCCAUCCGACAUACUUCCUUGAAAAAGCGCUUGCUAGAUUGCUAAGUGGGCUACUUCCUCCCUUCUUCCAAGUAGUGUCCUCAUCUGUCACGGCUAAAGAAAGGUUAUGCGCUACGCUGGCUGGCUUGAAUCCAGAUAGUUACACAUUUUAUAAAAUGGAUGUUGUUGCGUUGUACCCUUCAGUACUGCACUUCGAAGCGGUGAUGCUAGCCAAUACCUUACUUAUCAAAGAGGGCUUUACUGCACAACAAGUUUUAGAAGUUUGCGACGCAUUGCUCUUUGUUACGGAGCACAAUUACUUCUGCUUCAAUGGAAAGAUUUAUCUGCAGAAACAGGGAGUGCCGAUGGGCUCACCACUGUCAGCUGUAUUGGCAGAACUUAUCAUGCGGCAUGUUGAACACAGCAUUUUUAAAGUCCCUCUCACUAUAGCUUACCCCUUAAUUUAUUUAAGAUACAUAGAUGACAUUAUUUUGACGUGGCAGGAUACGGAAGACUCCUUCCAG